AUGGCAGAAGGGAUAAGCACGGUCUAUUACCGGGAAAAGCAAAAGCAAGCAAUUCUUACCGCGCUUUUAAAAGUUAAUUCUACAAAAAGUAACGAGGUAAAUGCUUUAGCUAUUACCGGGAAAAGCAAAAGCAAGCAAUUCUAUUUUAGCAAUUAA